AUGGCAUCGAGUAAUUUGAAGAAGCCUUGUGCUAAAUGUAAUAAAAAUACUAGCAUUCUUACAUGUGACGGAUGUCAACAAUCCUUUUGUGCUAAACACAUUAGCGAUCAUCGACAAGAUCUUUCCGUUGAAAUGGAUAAUAUUGGUCAAGAAUAUGAUUUACUUCGACGUGACUUAGCUCGUGACGAUAACGAUCAUCAUUUACUUUUCGAUCGUAUUCGUUUAUGGGAAGAACGAUCGAUAAAUCAAAUUCAACAAAUCGCCCAACAAGCUCGUUUUGAUCUACGACAAUAUUUAGAUACAAAUAAAAGUCAAAUAACGAAUAUUUGUAAUAAACUAACGGAAGAUUUACAUGCAAGUCGAGAAUCGGGCGAUUAUACUGAAACUGAUUUCCAUCUUUGGAUCGAACGCUUACGUGAACUGCGGAAAAUGUUAGAAAAUCCACCAGUAAUCGAGAUUUUCGAAGAUGAAAACAUUUCAACGGCCAUUCGAAUGAUUCAAGUGCGAGAUAAGACUGGUCUACAAUUUUGUCACUCUUCUGAUCAACACCUACAACCCUGUCGAUCAUCACUGACAACAAUAGAUCAAACUUUCGAGAAUUUCAUUGGACAUGCCACAUUUGCAGAAAAUCAUCUUGUAGCAAAACACUCAGGUGAUUGUCGACGCAGUACAAUGGUUUAUUUAACAAAGUCUUAUGCCUCUGGAACGUCAAAUAUUCGUUUUCAAAUUGAGAAAAAGGCCAAUAAACUUCUUUUCAUUGGAGUUAUCGAUUCGUUCGAACAAAUGACGCGUUCUGCUUUUAAAUCUCCAUCACUUUACGGUUGGGUAACACCUCACAUACGCAUUGUACAAAGUGAAAAAAUCGGAUCGAGUCAUUUCGACAAAACAUUCUCUGAAGGCGAUGAGAUUUCUCUUACUUUAAAUUGCGAUCAACAUCAAAUUAUCCUGGAACAUUAUCGAACUGAGACCAUCGAUCAAUUUCCAAUUGAUUCCCGCGCAUGUUCAUUGCCAUGGAGAGUUGUUGUAGCAUUCUUUACUCCCAGCGAUAGUAUUCGUCUUCUUUGUUAA